GUUGCAGGAAAAAAGAAAAGCGAGCAGGAGUAGGGCGCCCCGGCGGGUGCCUGGAAAAUGGGUGCUCACGUCGAAAGAAGAAGAAGCAUCAGCGGCGCAAAGACGCCCAAGACGACAAAAACAACAGCAGCAACAAACCACAGCGGCAGCUUGAAAGGAGCGUGGGUCCAGCGGCCGAUGCUGCAGGAGCGCCGCGCCGCGAGUUGAUACAGGGGCCCGCCCUCUCGGCCCCAUUCGGGCCGACAUGAGCGAUCUACAGGCCACCCUCGAGUUCUCCCUCGAGCUCUGCAAAUUUUACAAUGUCGAUCUCUUUCAGCGUGGGUACUACCAAAUCAGGACGUCGUUACGCGUCUCACCGAAGCUGCCGAUCAAGGUGGAAGUUAAUCAACCACGAAACAGUGCGCUGGAGGUGCCGGGUACGAGCAAGCGCUUCCAGAUCCUGUACCGCAACGAGGAGGUGACGCUGGGCACGUCCAUCCUCUUCCGGGCGCAUGUCCUCGUCCACAGUCACAAGAUCGAGGAGGCUCUGGCGCGCGCCCACUUCAACCUCAGCGUCGAGCUCUGGUUCAGCGAUCCCGCCCAGCACAACAACAUGGCCUGCGUCUCCUCUAGGGCGCUGCAGCUCAACUUCGUGCCGACCAAGGGCUUGCACUACCACCUGCCGGUGCUGUUCGACUACUUCCAUCUGGCCGCCGUGUCCAUGACCGUGCACUGCUGCCUCGUUGCCCUCCACCAGCCCAACAUCAAAAAAAGCAUCCUUCACUACGUGCAGAGCUGCGCGCCGAGAGGCAGCAAAGCUUGGGUGCAGGCGAAACAGCCCGCGUCCAACAUCGUGGACAACAACUCGUCGGCCUUUAAAAACUUUGAAUCGACGACUCGGUGCGUCGGCUCGACCACGAGGCUGCAAAAUGCCAAGCUCGUCCAGCAGGAGGUGACGAGGCUCCUGUUGGCGGCACGCGAGUCGCUGCUCGGUGAUCUGGCAGACAUGGCGAGGCUGCUGCCCUCCUGGCAGCAACGCGCCCUCGAGAUAGCACAGAACACGCACAAGGAGGUCACGAAGAUGAUCGACAUAGAGGAGGCCGACGUGGCCCAGCUCUGCGCACAAAACAUCGUCCUGUGGGAAAACUUUCUCGAGGCGUUCUCCGGUCGAGAGGCCGUUCACCAGCACCUAGCCAAAGUUCAUCACCAGUUGAGGGUGCGGCGCUUCGCGGAGGGCUUCUUCGUGCUGGAGAACCCGCGUAGCUCGGCCGCGGGCUGCUACGACGCCAACUACCAGUCGUACCAGGCGGUCAGCGAGGCGGCCCGUCGCUCGCGCUACCUCACCAGCUUGCCGAACCUACCCAUCCACUGUCCGGAGCUCGACGGUGAUCUACACAGUCUGCCCCUGAUAUUCGAGGACCGCUACGCCGACAUGCAGCAACGGCACCGGAACAGCGUGCCGAGCAUGGACGACUGCAGCUGCGGCAUAAGUAACAACAACGCGGUAAUGGACGCCCGGGUGGUGGCGAGCAGCGUCUGGUCCCCGCGCUCGGAGGGCGCCUGCCAGGAGAUCAUGACGGCUUACCCGGGCCGUUUGUUGCUCGCGCCCACGGCGAGCCUACCGGCCCGACACAGCAAGUCCCUCGACCAGCUGCUCGGCCCUGACCUCGUCACCUCCCACCAGCCCCAAUCGCGGGCCACCUCGCCCAAGACCCUGCCCCGCAGCGCGUCCACACAGCUCAUCAGCAACAAACAACAACACCAGCAGAGGAUCGCCGCGAGGAUAGCCACACCACCCGCUACCGUGCCGUCCCGGGGCAAGCUGAGACCGACGGCACCCUCGUGCGCCACUCUCUUUCCACCCCAGCAGAGACAGCAGGCCUGCUCUGCCCCCAAUCCCACCCUCGGUUCGACGCCGGUCGUGGCCACCCUGCCCCGGGCCAAAUCGACGCAGACGCUCGUCCCGAGCGCGUACUCCGGGCUGCUGGCGGGCGGUGAUGGUCCGGGAGGUAUGAAAACUAACCAGCAGCAGCGGUCAAACUCGAUAACGUCCCUCCUGGCGGCCAUGUUCCCGGAGAUGCCGCGCAACGAGCACCUACCCGGCUACCGGCCAACACCCGACUUUGCCCACCUCACCGACCGUUUGGCCCUCGAGCCCCGCAGUCAUCGGUUAUCCCACGAGGUCAACGGGGAGCCGGUCCUCUGCACCGCGACCCUCGACAGGUUGAGCUACCGUGGCCGGGCGGCCAAGGCCCGAGCCGCCAAUAGAGCCGCGGGGCACAACGGCCCGGACCUUCUGGCCCAGCCGCGCAAGUACAACACCCUCGGCCGGCCGAGCCGAGGCCGGGUAGGUCUGACCAACGGCCACGACCUUUACGGCACGAUGGUCGCCGAUUGCUCGGACCGGCGGAGCAACGGGCACCCCCCGCUCAUGGCCAAGAGGCCCCGCAGCACCGACCGGAUAUUCGACGACGGGUUCCGGGACGACGAGCCGUGGGAGGAGCUGCGCCGGCCGAUCCGCAACAGGGACCAGCAGCCGUUGCCCCCGUCGUCGGGGGCGAAGAGGUCGCCGGCCCGGCGCGACGAGGAGGCGAGGCCGAACGGCAGGUGCGGGCGGAACGGACGGGAGCAGCAGCCGGUCUACGAGACGAUAAACGACGGGCCCCAUCGGGGUCACAACGGGACGGACGCCAGGAGGACCAAGGAGCACCAGAGGACGGGGGGCGCUCGGCCGCACUCGGCUCCGAGCAUCAAGGUCGAGAGGUGCCAGGACGAGAGGCUUGAGAACGGGAAGCUGGGCAGAUCCGAGGACGCUGGAAAGUUGGGCCAUCCACCGCCGCCGGCGGCGUAUCAGGAUCCUCGUUCGCCGACGCCGACCAAGCACCGGCAGAGUGCGAGUAUACUCGACGUGGCGAAUAACAACGGCAUCGGCAAGCUCGUGCUCAAGGUUGAGCCGCUCAAGUCGCCGAGCGAGUCUCUCAGCCCCGCGCUGCUCUCGCCCGUCUCUGCUGUCUCCGUCAACUCCUUUCACGCCGAGGCAUCGGGAACGACGACACCGAACGGCAAGCGGUCGCGGUGCGCGAGCGUCCCGGUGGCCCAGAACAAGCUGAUAGUCCCGAGGAGCGCGAUAUCGAUGCCGUGCAUGCCGAUCCGGGACCCGCCGCUUCCACCACCCGCACCGUCGCCCACUCCAAUCGUCAACACCGCCAAGCUCUCACCACCUGCUUCCCGACCCUCGAGCCCCACCACGAGCACGAGCUCGAGCAACCUCACCUCGGAGUGCAGCGGCUGGGUCAGCAGCGGGGACACCUCGAGCUCCGAGCACCGCAGGGUCAAGCUCUCGAGCGAACAGCUCCGGCAGAAACUCGCCAAGAUCGUCACCCCCAAGAAGGACAAAAAGCAGGAAAAGGAGAGGCGGCGCAGCAAGUCCCAACAGCCGUUAAAGUCGAAGCAGCACCACCACAAGACGAGCGAGCCCAGCAAGCAGGACAAGCUGCGCUCGAGCUCCCCGGCGAGCCACACGUACGAGGAGGUGCGCCUACCGCCACCCAAGAUGUUCCAGGACGAGCCACCGCCACCUGAGGAGUUUCGCGAUCCUCCGGCCCCGGGGAGCAACAACACGGCCACGACCAUCGACAAUCCCCUUUACCACCUCUACGAGGCGGUCAGGCAGCAACAACAGCACAAUCACAACCACCACCACCAUCACCACCGUAGCAGCGGGGGGAGAUCCAACAGCCCGAAGCAGACCAAGACGGCGCCGUGCAGUCCCCAGAGGAACGGCAAGCAGCACCAGUCGGCGAGCGACGGCCAAUUGAUUUACAGCCUAGCCGGUAGUAGGCUCGACAUAUGCGCCGAUUGCUACCAGGAGGGCAAGGAGCUCCUACAAUCGACCCAGGACGACUUUAUCAAUUUCAACAAGUGCAAGGAGGAGUUCAAGCGACAGAUGUGCUUCGCCGGCAAGCUGUACAGCGACCAUCCGACCCUCGCCUCGAGUCUGCCCUACUUCCACAUCAGCGACGAGUACAGGCUGUACUCGCCCGAGGGCGUCCACCUGAUCGUCUGCGUGCACGGGUUGGACGGCAACGCGGCCGAUCUCCGGCUCGUCAAGACGUACCUCGAGCUCGGCCUGCCCGGCGUCCACCUCGACUUUUUGAUGUCGGAGAAAAACAAGGGCGACACCUUCUCGGACUUUGAGACGAUGACGGACCGGCUUGUGGGCGAGAUCCUCCAGCACAUCGAGAGCGGGGACCUAAACCCGACAAAGGUGAGCUUCGUCGGCCACUCCCUGGGCACGAUAAUCAUCCGUAGCGCCCUGACGCGGCCCCAGCUCCGGCCACUGCUACCGCGGCUGCACACCUUCCUCAGCCUGAGCGGACCCCACCUGGGGACCCUGUACAACACGAGCGGCCUCGUCAACGCGGGCAUGUGGUUCAUGCAAAAGUGGAAAAAGUCCGGCUCGCUGCUGCAGCUGGCCAUGAAGGACUCGGCCGACGUGCGCCGCUCGUUCAUGUUCCGGCUCAGCCAGAAGAGCAACCUCCAAAAGUUCAAGCACGUGCUGCUGUGCGGCAGCGCUCAGGACCGCUACGUGCCGUUGCACUCGGCGCGCAUCGAGCUCUGCAAGGCGGCCGUGCGCGACCCUACCGAAUUGUAA